AUGUCUUUGUUCACCUAUUUCUAUCACAAGAUUCUUGCGACGCUCUUGCGCGCCAUUGUGUGGCUGGCAGGAGAUCGUCCCCGUGCAUACCCGGACGAAGUGCGCCAUAUUCCUUCUCGUGACAGCGGAAGAUCCAUCAAGGUCCAUGUGUACCACGCAGCUAGCACCUCGGGUCCAUCGCCUGUACUCCUAAACUUUCACGGAAGUGGAUUUCUCCUGCGCAUGCAUGGCAGCGAUCACGAGUUUUGUCGACAGAUCAGCGAGCAGACCAAGUACACCGUCUUGGAUGAUGCCAUCAAAUAUGCUCUGGGUCGGCCCGACGAGUUCGACCUGUCUCGUCUAUCCCUUUCCGGAUUCAGCGCUGGUGGAAAUCUAGCCCUCGCCGCUUCAGCGACUCUCACCGAUGCAGCCACCAAGGUAGCACCAGAUCCCAAGGGCCGUGUCAUCCCUGUCCCCAUUGCGCGGCUCUUCAAUCGGUGCUACGUGCCGCCAACCUUCGACGCGCGGGACCCACGUAUCUCCCCGAGAUUCGCGUCUCUGGAUCGGUUCCCGCGCCGGAUGCUCAUGAUUACCUGCGAGGGAGAUUCACUGGCACCUGAAGGAGAGGAGCUAGCUGAAAAACUGCAGCACGAAGGUCAUUACGUAGUGAGCGAACGCAUGAAUGGCUGCAACCAUGCGUGGGACAAGCGCGCGAGGGCAGGAACCCCGCAACGCCAGGCUAAGGAACGAGCUUACAAGUUAGCAGUUGAAAUGCUGAACGAGUAA